UCACCAUCAUAUCCCUUACCUCUUAUCUCACUGGUUUUAUGAAUAAACAGUGUAUAGGACUACAUUGUAUAGUUAUUUACUUAACUUUAUUACUAUAUGCUAGAGGAUUUAUAAACAGUAUAAAUAAGAACUGCAAUACAAAGUACAUUUGUAAGAUUUACACGAUCUGAACGUCUUGAAACUGCUUGUCAACACUUCAACCUAUAAUUUAUAUUUGCGUAUGCAAAAUCACUCAUUUACAUAGAUAAGGUUAACAUUAAUGCGUGCCGCCGUCUCGUUCCAGUACCCAUUAUAAUAAUUCAAAGCGAACCGGACUUUGCAUCUAGAUGUGUUUGAUAAGAAUAUGUAUUCUUGACUCGGCAUAAACUGGUGUAUAUUUGCAUUAAUCUCACAUGGAUGAAAACGAAUGCGUGGCCUAUUCAAACUCUUCCGGAAGUGCUACAGUUAAUUCGAGGACAAUUUUAUUCGAAGACAAAAGCAAAUCGAAAAUGCAAACGCGCGUCGUUUACGGAGCGUUGUUCGUCUUGAUUGUCGCCGUGCUUGCUCUUGUGAUCGCACUCGCCGUGGUGGCCACUCAGAACAAGGACACGACUUCCGGCGGCGCGGAUGUUGACGGGGGGUCUUCCAGCAGCGGUCAGACCGGAAGUGAGGGCACUGAUCUUCCGGUAGUGGACUGUUCAUACGCAGCUUCUAACCUGGACAAGGCGAAAUGUGUUCUGGAUAGUUAUCCGUUGGUUGACGGGCACAACGAUCUACCAUACCGCUACCGACGUUACUCCAAUACGGCUGUGUAUACGGUUGAUCUGACGUCAGAUCUACGUAAGACCUGGAACACGAAUCUCUCUCAUACCGAUAUACCGAGGCUCCGGAAGGGAAAACUUGGGGCACAGUUCUGGGCGUGUUACGUUCCUUGUAAGUCCCAAUACAAGGACGCCGUUCUUCUUUCCCUCGAGCAACUUGACGUCAUCAAGAAAUACGUCACACGCUACCCUGACACAUUCCAAUGGGUGACAACCGCACAAGGAAUCUUGGACGCAUUCAAGAUGGGAAAGAUUGGAAGCUUGGUCGGAUUGGAAGGAGGUCAUUCCAUUGACAGCAGUUUCGGUUCACUGCGCAUGUUCUAUGACCUCGGGGUCAGAUACAUGACCGUCACACAUAGCUGCAACACUCCUUGGGCAGACAAUUGGCGCCAAGACGCACCCGACUAUAAUGAGACGGCGGACGAAAAACCACUUGGUGGACUUACAGACUUCGGAAAGCAAGUUAUUUUGGAAAUGAAUCGUAUCGGAAUGCUCGUGGACCUGGCACACGUUGCCAAGGCGACCAUGGUUUCAACACUGGCGAUUGCGCGCGCACCUGUAAUCUACAGCCACUCCUCCGCCUUUGCGCUCUGUAACCACUACCGGAAUGUACAGGACGACGUUCUUAAACUUACGAAAACAAACGGCGGAUUGGUGAUGGUGAACUUUUACGACAAAUACGUCACUUGUUAUCCUAUGAACGGCACAGAAUCUACCCUCGCCCAUGUCGCAGAUCACAUAGAUUACAUCAAGAACCUUAUUGGGGUCGAUCACGUGGGUAUAGGGGCUGACUAUGACGGUGUCCCCUCACUUCCGGUUGGCCUAGAAGACGUGUCCACCUACCCGGCCUUGUUCGCUGAGCUCGUGCGGCGAGGCUGGAACGAGGCUGACCUUCAAAAACUCGCCGGCCGUAAUCUCAUCCGGGUACUUAGGCAGGCAGAGAAGGUGAAAGCUGAAAUGUCACACGAGGCUCCGCACGAGGAUAUGCUUCCCUUUGAAGUUGCCGCACCGGAAGAAGUGUGUCACACGCGCCUUGACACGUGGUAGUCGUACGCCUUAUCCGCCGCACAUGUGAAUAUAUUCAAGCUCCUUCGCAAUAUACGACAUUCGGAACUCCUCGGCCAUUUUUCAUCGAAAACAACAUUGGAUGUAUGCCGGUACAUCAGUAGAAGUAGUUCGUAAAAAUCUAAAUGCUAGUAUAAAUUGAUUGUAGUGUUUUAACGUAUAUUUUGUAUAUCUAAGUUUAAAAUGAUUGUUAGUGAAGUGAUUUAUUGCAUAACUAAUUAAGAUUUCCAGAUUACCGUCAUUCAGUUUAACUGCUUAAUUGAAAUUACUACGCGAUCUACUUGCAGCGUACUUAAAAUGUAAAGAUUUCUGACAUUGUAAACCGUCCAUAUACAUUCGAGGUUGUUUUCGAUGAAAAUUGGCCGGGGAGCUCCGAAUCUCGCAAUGUACGAGUGAAUGAAGGAGUAGUCAGGAGAAGGAACCGCUGUGUGGAGUUUGGUAUACUUAUAACCGUACAUUGCGUGCACCCGAUACGUUUUUGAAAAUUAUUUGUUCUGUGAUAAUCAUUUUUUACUCAUGAAAUCAUAAACCAUUAUACCGACGACAGUGUGUGUAUACCACGUCAUAAAAUGCGUCAUAAAUGCUACGUUGUAAGGCAAUAUUUUCCUUCGAAUGAAGACUUUAAACAAAGAUAACUUUCAUAUUUCUUCACCAUUUUAAAUGAAACAUAGCUCAGUCUACGCCACUUACAGAGCCCCGCCUUUGGUCUUGGCAUUUGAUUGAGAGUUGAGUUUCUUAAAACACUUCGACAUACCUUUUACAAUACGGCCGUCUGACGGAGCACUGUCAAAAUCAUUAUUUUGGAACCAGGUUUGUCGAAGUGUUUGUUGAAACUAAUCACCUUAAUAAACUUCGGUAAUAAAACGAAGGAGGGGCUCUUUAAGCCACAUAGACUGUCCUUUGUUUCAUUUAAAAUGGUGCAGUAAAAGAAAAGUUAUCUUUGAUUGAAGUAUUUAUUUUAAGCAAAAUGUUGCCUUUCGACGUAGUAUAUAUAACGUUUUUUAUCACGUGGUAUACAUGACGUAAUUUAUCACGUGGUAUACAUGACGUAAUUUAUCACGUGGUAUACACACACUGGACGAGCAUAUCGGUCAUGAAAUGUCACUAUUAUUUUGUACAUCAUUAUUAGAUUAUACGCUUGUACACGUGUUGUAUCAUAUCCAGCAUAAAAAUAUAUAUUCCAUUACCUGGCGCGUAGCUGCCUAUACGCGAGUUCGCGGCUGAAUCCAUAUGAUUCUGACAAAAAAAUAAAUAAUUCAGACAAAGUUCCAGUAUCCGUACUUGACCUUACAUGCUGUUACAUACACAUGGACAUUGAACAUGUAAUUAUAUACAGUCGAACCCCGUUGGCUCGAACUCGUUUGGCUCGAAAUCAUCGUUGGCUCGAACUAGAUGUAAAGGUCCGUUUGCUUUAUACUUAAGGUAAAAAAUCCCGCUUGGCUCGAUUUUUCUGAGGCUCGAAGUAUUUUCGCCGGUCCCUUUCAGCCAACGGGGUUUGACUGUAUAUCAAUUGCAAAAAGGACCGAAAAUUAGACUUCUGUUAGACAAUCUGAGUAUUAUUAACAUAACUCGGGCUUAGUCGUUUGCUAUUUUAUAGAAAGUGAAAGUAAUUGUAGAUCCUAACACUGUCCAUUUUUCAGUACUAAAGAAGCACCUCAGAACUCACCACAUUGCACCAUUGUUUUCGUAUAUUUCAGGAGGGGGGGGGGGCACGCCCCCAGACCCCCUAGCACAUUUAUGAAUCUACAUGAAUAUAGGGCAAGCUACGCCACUGCUAACAUAUAUAAUCGAGAACAAUAUUAGUGUUUUUAUACCAUAUGCACAAAAUGUAUGGAAUUAAUCAGGUGCAUAAUAUUUUAUCUGAUAGCAAUGCGACUGACUUGACGUUGAUUCUAUAAGUGUUCAGACUAUAUCUCGCAUUUUCACAUGCCUGUUAUAUAUGGCUUUUUACAUCGAUGAAAUAAAUUAUUUACUUAUAUAAA